AUGAUUUCAAACAAAAGAAGGUAUCUUCUUCAAGAAGAUGCUGGUAAUGAUGAUUGCGAUGGUAGUGGUAAUGGUAGGCAGACCGGCUUCGAUGCCAAGAAUGGUACGCUUCACAAUAAGCGCUCCCGUACCAAGCUUUCGAGCAACGGUAGCGAUUAUCAGUCUUCCAACGAGGAUAGGUAUUCGCGGGAUCGCGCAAUUCGUGCCGCCGCGCAUUGGCGUACCGUUGGUGCAGGUGCGAUGUUUGGUAGUGGGGACCUCGGUGGCCGCAAGGUUCUUCCAAGAAUUCACCAAGUGGCGACGCACAACAUGGGGGUUUCCGUCCAUGGUUGGAAGUUUCAAGCUGGGUAUUGGAUCCCAUUCUUCGGUAUCGCUCUCCACCAUCCGCUAGCGUUCCGGUUGACUUUUGGUACUACGAUGCCACCACAAUACAUCGUCGAGUUACAAAGGGCAAAUUCGGUAUUGGAAUCAAGGUAUCACUUCUCAAUAUCAAAGAGAGAUGUUGAUAGAGGUAGUCAGAGCACGGAUGUAGUCUUUGUGCACUUGUCGGUAAAGAGUGAACUCCUUCGAGACUGUCGAGAAGGGUACAUUCUUGCCGACUUGGCAUCAAUGAUGGAAUUUCUGGACGAUUACCAGUCGUAUCUGGGCGGCUGGACCAACCGCAACGUGUACCCGGAUACCAUCGACGUCAUGUUUAGGGCAUGGCUGGUAAAGCAUCCUGAGCUGCCCCACGCUCAGAAUCACGUCAUCUCGGUACCCAACCACCUCCACAGCAGCCCUGGUAGUACGAAUGCCGAUGGUAGAUCCUUUCGCUCUUUUCCUGGAUCCAUACCUCCUACCGGACCCAGGUACUCAGCUGGUAUGACACCUUCCACCGCAUACAAGCCGGUACCUGGUAAAAUGGACCCCCCCAAAUCCCCGCGUCCUUGGGUAAAUCGGACCAUAGUUUCUGGAUCGGUAGCCCCAAUCCUUUCUUCUGCGGGCUCGGCUUCUCCGCCGGCAAUCAUGGUAGCAUCUGCAAGCUCCAAUGAUGCAACAAUCUCCCUUGGCACCGGGCGGAUUGCAGGCUCGGUCACUCCUGGUACAACAGCUCUUUCUUCGUCGGGUAUUGUGGAGCCUCUGCGCGGGGAAACCACGAAGGCUUUCAAAAUUGCGACUGGUCGUCGCAUGCGAGAGCUGUACGAUGAUAAGUACACCAGGGAAGAGUUGGUUGCGGAGAUUAGUAAGGAUAGUGGUAUUUUUGCAGCGGACUCACCUGCUGCAUUGUCUUUGACAAUCCGCCGGUAUCUACGAGAAAGAUAUGAUGGUAAAGGUAGUAAUGAGGAGAUCUUGGCAGCUCUGGCUGAGGAUUUUCUAGUGUUUCCGAAGGAGUUGGGGUAUUGAGAUGGGUAAAGUUGCUGGUAAUCAUGAGACGCUAGAUCUGAUUUAGCGUUGGAAC